AUCAAAUGUCACUAUAAGUUGAGAGCUGCAUCACCUUGGGUCGCUCGCAGAUCCCAGCCUGCCCGUCCCCUCCGACAGGGAGCUCGGUGCUUCUCUCCACUCCUCCCAGAAACUAAUUGCCAACAUGUCUGAUACCGAGGAAGUGGAACAAGGAGAGGAGGAGUACGAAGAAGAAGAAGAGGCUCAGGAAGAAGCUCCUCCAGCAGAAGCUCAGGAGGAAGCCCCCCCUCCAGUUCAUGAGCCAGCAGCCGAGGAAGCUCAUGAGGAAGAGGAGAAGCCCAGAAUAAAACUAACUGCUCCUAAAAUACCAGAGGGUGAGAAAGUAGAUUUUGAUGACAUCCAAAAGAAAAGACAGAACAAAGACCUGAUUGAACUGCAGGCCUUGAUUGACAGCCACUUUGAAGCCAGAAGAAAGGAAGAGGAAGAGCUGGUUGCCCUCAAGGAGAGGAUUGAGAAGCGCAGAGCUGAAAGAGCAGAGCAGCAGAGAAUCCGGGCUGAGAAGGAGAAGGAGCGUCAGGCAAGGCUUGCGGAGGAAAAGGCACGCAGAGAGGAGGAAGAUGCCAAGAGAAAAGCUGAGGAUGAUCUGAAGAAGAAGAAGGCUCUGUCUUCCAUGGGUGCAACAUACAGCAGUUAUCUGGCUAAGGCUGACCAGAAGAGAGGAAAGAAGCAAACAGCUAGAGAGACAAAGAAGAAGGUCCUGGCUGAGAGGCGCAAGCCCCUGAACAUUGACCACCUUAAUGAAGACAAGCUGAGGGACAAAGCUAAGGAGCUGUGGGACUGGCUAUACCAGCUGGAGACUGAAAAGUAUGACUUUACAGAGCAGAUCAAGAGGAAAAAAUAUGAGAUUUUAACAAUGCGUUGCAGGCUGCAGGAGCUUUCCAAGUUAUUGUCACCCUCAGAAACCGGAUCGAUCAGGCCCAGAAGCACAGCAAGAAGGCAGGAGCCAAGGGCAAGGUUGGUGGGCGCUGGAAGUAAAGCACCAGGCAGGACGGCCUUUAAUGGUGUGCUGAACCCCUGCUGGUCUCCUCUUUCCUCCUUCACCGAUCACUUGUGUUCUCAUGCCUCAAUGAUAACAAAAAUCACAUCAGCCUGGAUUGGCUAUUGCUGCUGCUUUUCUUCCUGGAGGGGUCUGGUGGCUUCCUCAGGCAAGGGGAAGCAAGUUCCCUGUGGAACUGGGAUGACUCCUUGCUGGCAUCUUCAAUUCCUGCUGAGCGUGUCCCUUAUCCUCCUGAUACCAGCCCUAUGCUGUCCUGUAGAUUGCUGUGUACAAAUCUCUGGAUUUUGUAAAUAAAGCACAACCAGUACCUACUCCAA